ACCGUUUCGGCAUAGGCGUAAACAAACGCGCGCAUUUUUUUGUUCUCACGAGGCAUCGUCCCCGGUUAUAAGAAACGGUCCCGUACCUCGUGGGCGUGGUCGUGACAGUGACGCAAACGGUGCUCACGUGGGUGCAGCUGUGUUGUGCGCGGUUUGAUAUGUUGAAUGUACGGGGUGCGAGGCCAACGACAGAGGUUGGCACAGACUGAUUUCGCCGUCAGACUGCCGCCAAGAGGGGAGGUCUGUCUCGCGUGUCAAUACACAUCAAUGGUUCAGUUGGGAUGCCGACCAUGGAACCUCAGUUUGACCAGCGUGGUUAUCCUGGCGCUUUCGAACAUGUUGCUGACAUUCCUGCUACUGCAGUCGGAGACCUGCAUCCCAGACGACGUGCCCAGAGAUUUGGAAGUCAUAAACGCUAUAACAGAGUGGAGCCUCGGUACCUUGAUCAAGGAACAGCAACAGCAGUCAGACUGCAUCACGCAAGAUUAUCAGCCACUGGUAGUUGACGCGAGCAGUUUGAAGCUGAACAUAAAGCUGGGUAGAUGGGACGCCCGUAGAUUGUUUCGUACCUUCGAUCACGUUUUGGUGGGCAGUAAUUUUUUCGAGUUGUCGCAGACGUAUCGCGUAUGCUUGGCCACGCAGAGCUCGGUGGAGAAGUUGCACUCGGUUGUUCAAGCAGCUCAUCAUUGGACAGGGCCCAUGUCGGUGGCUCUCUACGUGGCUGGCGACGAAGAGUUCGAGGUUCUUCAGAAGUACCUGGUGUACCUUAGAAAAUGCUACGAACCGAUUAGGGAAAGGAUCACCUUCUCCUUGGCCGUGCCAAGGGUCAGACCGCCAAAGAAGCAGCCGCGCGACUACGAGCUGCCAGAAGCGGUGGAUUGUGCCAAACCGGAAGCAACGUUGAACGAGCUGAUGAACGGAAUUUCGAACGAGCAGAUGAACUGGCGGAUACGCAAUGUCUAUCCACAGAAUCAUAUGAGAAAUCUAGCCAGGAAGAACUGUCAGUCCGAUUACGUGUUCCUGACGGACGUCGACAUUGUGCCGAGCUUCAACUUGACGGGAGCGCUGGACGAGUUCCUCAGGACCGAUAGCUGUGAUAAGUGCGCCUACGUGAUACCGACGUACGAGCUGGACUCGCGCGUGAGAUUUCCUCAGAAUAAAACGGAGCUGGUCAGGCUGGCGAGGAAAGGGCUGGCUAGACCUUUUCACCAGAAGGUCUUCAUCCACAAUCAGUUUGCCACCAAUUUUACCAGGUGGACACUGGACGCUUCCCCGAACCAUAGAUAUUUUGGAAACGUGAAGAGUGGCAAGGUUUACAUCAGUCACGACGUGACGAAUUUUGAAUUCCUUUACGAACCCUUUUACGUCGCGAGAGAUAUCGUUCCACCUCACGACGAAAGGUUCAUGGGCUACGGGUACACCAGGAACACCCAGGUGUACGAGAUGUUCGUUGCUGGGUAUCAAUUUAAGGUUCUCUCGCCAGUGUUCACCGGGCACUGGGGUCUGCAGACCAGAAAGAGCAGACCAGCGUGGCGCGAGCGACAGAACAGUGCCAACAGAAAGCAUUUCGAGACGUUCAAGAAGGAGGUUUUCGCUCGUUACAUGCGGGAUCCCCUGAAAAUGAUCAAGAACGUCAAGUGACGAAAGUUUCGUUGGAGAUUUCGUUAAUCGAACGCAAGAUCCUAUUCGCCGUCCUUUUUAUUCGGUUGCAACGCAUGAACCUAACCAGUAGACGCGACCAUCGCUUUUCGUUUACAGAGAAGUCUGUAGGUUGUAAUGUUUUACCUGACAUGGUGCCGUGAUAUUACAGCGAGACCUUUAAAAUGAAUUUUUUCUACGUAACAGAAGACGAAAGCUCAAGGGUCGAAAAGUUUACAUAUAACACUCGAUUGUUGGAGAACGAUAGAUUGGUUGAAACCGAUUAAGCGUUUGCCUGGUUGUUGUUUAACUGUGACGAUUGUUACUGAACUUGAAUUUUCGGGGUGUUUUUCUUAACUUGGAGGCAUGCAGAGAUCAGGUAGGUAAUCUUUGAGCAAGUCUGAAGGGUGGAAUGAUAGAUCAGAAACAUACAAAUCGCAAAGUUGCAUUUAAAAUUCUAAAUCUGCGGUCUAGUCGGUAUCUGUUUUUUCAAACAGUGUCGUAACCGUUUAGGUUGAAGCUUAACCUCGUAGCGUAUCGGAAACUCUAUACUCGUUGGAGGUCUAAUAGGUAUCGAUUGAUUGUUCUAUUUUUCACACCGUAAUCAAGACCAGAUCGUUUUCUAUAUAUUUUGUAUUCUGUACUGUAUCGCGAAGCGCACUCGGAAACCUCGAACAAUCAAUGAACGUAUAUCACUACCUAGUUCGUGUUACAUUGUCUAUCACCUCUUUGCGACGAGAAUUGAAACAUGUGGCAAGAUUAUAUUCGCAAUAAGCAGGACACAUGAUCUUAAACUAUGAAAUUCGUACGACUCUACUCAGUUACCCUAUAUGCCGCGAGUGAAUUACACGAUGGGUCAUCCCUUUUGAUACUCACUGUACCGUAACAUAGAUUAGCAUCACUAAACGCGACAUUCGAGCCCUCGAGUUCUGUUCAUAGCGAACAAUGUCCUAAGUCCUUUCGUGUUCACGAUUCCAAGUGACUUAGUCCAGGUAUAGGAUAUUCACAAGCAAUGUUUUUAUAUACAACGUCUAGAAAGACCAAAAAUAAUUGAUUUAAAUACAUCGUAGCACUAUGCAUUAAUAUUAAUUCUUCGUUCACUAUUUUACACUCUGAACAAAGAUAUUCACUCGUGCCACGUGUAAUGGAUAUUCGAAUCGUAGACCAGAGGCUUUCGUCUCGAAGAUUGUAUUUUUCACAGCAGCUUUUAUUCGUAGAUAGGAAAACUAACCCGAAGUUCUGAUCCGUCUAGGCGAACUCCGAUCCAUACAUUGUUUAUUCGACACAUCGUACACGCUGCACGGAAAUAUUUGACUCGCGUCAUAGCAAAGAAUAUCGAAGUUGCAGUCCAGCAAAUGUUUUCGUUUCUGGCUGGUACCUUCCACUGGCUAUACCUGCUAUUUCCGUCCCCGCUCAAUCGGUGACAUAUCAUAUCUAGAUAGGCAAUUACAAUGUUCGCACCCAGCAAACCCUGUUUUCUACUAUCUUGGAGGAGGUGCAAUGGUGCAAUCGAUGUAGGCCUCGGACACCAAGUUUAACAUCAUAUUGCAUCCAUGUCAACACCGAUCACACGUGAUCGUACACCUGAUACAUACACGGGUCUAUGUGCGGAUUAAAUUGUCCUAAGACACUUACAGGAUUCUGGGUGGCCAGGAUCGUAAUUAGUACUAAGACUGUUAACGAAGAGAUACGAUAGUCCAGGGCCUAAGGUGCUUUCUUUCAAACAAUUGAUAGCGUUUGCACUCGUGCAGAACUGAACAAAAUUUAUCUUAAUCUCCAAGAUGUACAUAAUCAUCGUGCAAAAAGAAAAAGUCAAAAUUCCCAUUCAUUUCUACAUAAUUGAAACCCCAAUGAUGGCUUAACUUCACUUGAAGCGCGCGAGGUUGUUUUCAUCGCAUAGCAUACCUAAUGGUGAUCGUGUUAAUCGCGAGAGUGAAAAAUCACGGUCAUCGAUGUCGAGGGUGCGGAAGGGAAGAAAGCAGAGUGAAAAAAGAAGGGAGGCUCGCGUGCAGGAGAUGUAGGGUCGAGGCAAUCAAGUAGCCGCGAUCAGCGUCGAUGGCGGCGCGGUACACGAGGCUUCCGGUUCGUCGAUUCGCCCGAACGAUGCCAACCCAGCUUGCUGCUUCCACUCACGAAUCCCCAAAGUCAUCAGAGACUGGCAUGCGGGAUCGCGGAAUAAAUAUCCGUCGAGGUUCGCGGCACGUACACGGUGCACGAGCAAGAAAACGAGGCUGAGGGAACUUAAGCGAACGUACCUCGUUAGCCGUCUGUGAUUUAAGAGGGCGGGGAGUCUAAGUUCAAGAUCGAUUCAGCCGUUUCAGCGUCGCGGUGUUUUUGGAAUGGGCGUCGAAACGAUCCUGGAAGACGAGCGGGAUAUUUGCGAGAACGAGUGGCGAGCUGAAGAACACGAUUGCUCAUCCGUGACCAAGCGCUGCUCACUCGAUGCUUUUAGGCAGGACCGAAUUUUGUUAGCCUGACUGUUCGAUACCAUCGUAAAAGUAUAAAAUGAACACUUUCUAAAAUUUUAUAGUCAAUUUGUACCCUGUAUUAAGGCGAGGCGAAAGCCUUUUCUGAUUUUUAUUCCUCUUUCCUAUGUUCCUUUUAGGUUAAAUAAGAGUAUUCAAGUUUUAUAACAUGUUAUGCGUAUAUGCCAUCUUGUAACUCUUGAAUCGAACUUUGGAACUCUUGCAUUUUACGAAUGGAAGUUCAAGAAAUCUGUUCUGGAUGGAACCCGGAUCCCUUUAAUGUAUAAUGCAUCGAGUAAGCCUAUCCUGAUUGUCAUCGAUUGGCACGCGUUGAAUUUUGAAUGUUUUCGAACAAGAGAACUGCUAAGUCAGGCAUAAGGAAAUUAAUAAUUCCGCAGGCAGGGUCGAGAAGCAUUCCCCUUACUUUAUGGGAACACUCAGGGCAGAUCACUCGAGCUUAGGAACGUACCUACAGACGGAUCAAAGUCAAUCGGCUGCUAAAGGCCACUCACUUGACUCCGGAGUAUGUCAGAUACGACGUUUGCGAGGUAGCAUGAGAGGUAGAGUGAUGGGGACAGUCGAAAGAUACGAUCGAGAUUGACAGUGUGUCUCUGAUCGAAAAUAAUACAAGGAAAAUGAAUUACAGUCCAAACAUAGUCGAACGCUUCUGUUCGACAGCUUGCGAUAUCGAGAAGAUCGAAAAGUCAUACUUUUCCGUAGACGUUAUACUCUCGUUUUCCCAGUGAUACUGCCACCAUUUAUUACAAUAGCCCGAUGUUAUCCUUUGUGUACAAUUUCUCGAAGCAAAAAGAAAACGGACAAAUAGUCUCGAUGGAACAUUUUGCUUUCGUGCAUUUUUAAAUCAUCCCAUUCCACAUCUUACCCCGCUGUCUAUAAUACUUGCUCAACCAUUCGUCACUGGUAACCGUUGUAUGUGUAAUUGGAACAUUUUAAGGCACAGAGUAAUUAUAUAUUAUAAUGUUUGUACGAAUAUAUGUUAACGGCCAAAAGUAAUUGUAAGACGUGAAGAUUACUGUUAAAACACAAUAAAUCAAUACACAGUA